UCGACAGCACACACACAUACACACUCGAACAUUCGCACACACGCACACAGUUUUUCGCGCGUGUUUCUUCUCUGCGGGAAUUGCUUUUUUUUUUGAAAGUGCAUUCAAAAUAUCCAAAAAUUCAAAAGUGUCUCAAUUUUUUUAAUGUACUCAAUAGUUUUGUGUCAGCAUUUUGAGUGCAAAUUAUAUUCAGAAAUGUGCUGAAAUGUCUCCGCAGCGCAGACAAAUCAUUUGAAAAACUUUCCAAAAACCAAAGAAAAUCAAAUAUAUAUAAAAAGAAAUUCAAAUCAAAUAAAGUAAUCGCAUUAAUCAGCAAAGACAAAUGCGCAUCACAUCGAAGCUGCAUCUCUAUCGUUAUUUUCUGCUGCUCAUCAAUCGCAAUGACAAAAUGCUGAUCGUGCUCCUCUUGAUUGUGGCGCUCUUCGAAGCGAUUGGCGCCUUUCAACCCGAGUUUGUGGAAAGCAUUUCGAAUGUGUCCGUUGCCGUGGGUCGCGAUGCCACCUUCACCUGCCACGUGCGUCACUUGGGUGGCUAUCGGGUGGGUUGGCUCAAAGCAGACACAAAGGCGAUACAGGCGAUACACGAGAACGUGAUUACGCACAAUCCGCGGGUCACAGUCAGCCACCUGGAUCAGAACACUUGGAAUCUGCACAUCAAGGCCGUCUCCGAGGAGGAUCGAGGUGGAUACAUGUGCCAGCUCAACACGGAUCCCAUGAAGAGUCAGAUUGGUUUCUUGGAUGUCGUCAUACCGCCAGAUUUUAUUAGCGAGGACACUUCAUCCGAUGUCAUUGUGCCCGAGGGCAGUUCAGUGCGUUUAACAUGUCGUGCACGCGGCUAUCCAGAGCCAAUUGUCACUUGGCGACGCGAGGAUGGCGGCGAAAUCGUGCUCAAGGACAAUCAAGGCACCAAGACGCUGGUUUCCUCGUACCGCGGUGAAGUGCUGAAGCUGACGAAAAUCUCACGCAACGAGAUGGGCUCAUAUCUGUGCAUCGCCUCGAAUGGAGUGCCCCCAUCGGUUUCAAAGCGCAUCUCGCUGAGCAUACACUUCCACCCGGUCAUCCAAGUGCCGAAUCAAUUAGUCGGAGCACCGCUUGGCACUGAUGUUCAAAUCGAGUGUCACGUUGAGGCCUCGCCCAAAUCAAUUAACUACUGGAUUAAGGAUACCGGUGAAAUGAUUGUGUCCUCGAACAAAUAUUACGUGCAGGAGAAUUCGCAGUCGAUGUACGAGACGAAAAUGUCGAUGUUUGUGCGCAAAUUUCAGAAGGACGAUGUCGGCUCCUAUCGCUGCAUAGCGAAAAACUCGCUCGGUGAAGUUGACAGCAGUAUCCGGUUGUACGAAAUCCCCGGACCAAAUCGUAAAAAUCCCGCAAAUACUAAAGGAAGCAAUGGCGGUGGCGGUGGUGGCGGUGGCAAUGGCGGUGGCGGUGGCGGUGGCAACACAGCCGACACGGAUGCCAAUGACAUUUUAAAAGUGAAACAACAAGUCAAAGUUACAUACCAGCCGGACGAUGAGGAGCUCUACGGUUCAGCGGAGGAUUUCGAGGAUGGCGAAUUUGCCGCCGGUUUGCCGCCCUUAUCGCCGCACCAUUAUUACACCAGCGGUGGCAAUAAGCCGCCAACACAUAAGCCCAACAACGUGGCAGGCGGUGGCGGUGGUGGCCAUCAGCACCAGCAUCAGCAUCAGCACCACCAUCAUCAACUGGGUGGCGGUGCUGCUGGUGGAGCUGCUGGUGCUGGUGGCGGUGGCGGUGGCUCCUCGAGCAGCAUCGAAUUGGCUUUUGGCAACAACAACAACAACGCUGGCAAUACACGUAAGCCGCCCUAUUACGGAGGAGGAGGAGGAGGAGGAGGAGCGGGAGGAAUUGGAGGUGGCAACACCGAAGUGCGCGGCCCUUUGGACAACAACGAGCUGGGCUCGGGAGCUGCGACAACGAUACGACAACUCUACUAUCGACGAGCAGGGUUGUCGCUCUCGCUCUCGCUCUCGUUGUCGUUGCGCUCAAUCGCGCUCGCGACGUCGAGUCGACGACAGCCGCUGUUAAUGGGUUUGUCCGGCUUAGUUGUUGGCACGCUCAGUCUGUUAUAAUAGAUGCUGGCAGCAGUGCACUAGGCACACACACCCAACACACACAGUAGGUGCAAAUGUUAAA